CUUUUUCCUCUGCUUGAUUCAACCUUGAAUGUUCCACGUGCCAUAACAAGUUUUCUAUCACAAUCACGCAGAGCCUCAUUGACCAUAUCUGAGAUGUCUUUUGUUGACAGAACUCAAUUGAACUCGUCAUGAAGCAAUUGACGGGCCAUGUAACACAGAGAACCCAUCGCCUGGAUACAACUCUAAGGAUCCACUAUCACGACUUCAACACGACUUUUGAGAUGCUUCAUGUCCAAAUUCUCGAGCUUUCGACUUCACCACCCUCGAUCUGUUCAACCUUUUGUCCAACGGCAUUCCAUUGGCGAAAAGAAUCGGUCAAAUUCUGUCAACAAUUGAUUGGAUAAUGCUUGGACAAAUGUAGCAUGAUUGCAUCCAUUGCAAUGGGUCUUUUCAGUGCAUACGGCAUUUCUUCCUUAUUUCUCGCCCCUCCCCCGCUUGCUACUACCGACCAGUCACCACAAGAGAAUUCGCGAGGACCGUUGAUCUAAUCGUUGCGUCUGAGCCGAUAUGGUUCAUCGAAGACUAUCGUAGAGACCGAUAUGGGUAGAUUACGAGCCGAAAUGAAAUGCCCAAUCCUGAUCUUCGGGUUGUCCAAAGUCUUUGCAAGGUUGACAUCGACUAAGAAAGAUGCUCUCUCGAAUUUCCACAUAUGUCUCAUGGUAGCCUGAGCCAUGAGGGAAACGACCAGCCACAUGAGCACUCGACAUUGGGAAAAUAUUCAUCACUGAUCAUAUCAAUACCUUCUUCGCCUGGCCUAAACCCCUACACUCUGCAUAUGCUGCACAGCCGGACCAACGCUCGUUGUAGGAGGUCCCUUACAAACCCGGCCUGUCAACCGGCAACCACGAAUGGAGACGUUACCCCGGCUAUGCGCAGCUUCUGGGCUGCAGCUAUGCUGUAUGGUGACAGUUCUGGAGUCUGCGACAACGGCGCCCCUUUGACGUUGCUAUCAUGAGCCACUGUGACACGUCUUCAACGGUUCCUGUCGCUACCCGCCACUCAGAACCUGAAGUCGUCACUUAACUCUUCAAGAGCUGUCACGGUUUAUGCACAUCCGAUACGGGUAGUUGCUUCUUUCGAAAUCCGUUGUAACUUUCUCUUCUGUCUUACUGUUACUGCGUCCCCGGACCUGGGAUGUCCUUGAGCGACGUCCGAUCAGCGUCGGCAUCAAACGAGCACCAUCCUGGCUCAUCCACCUCGCGAUCUUGUUAGUUGCGCAUCACUUGCGAUGAUCGUGUCUUGUUAUGCCUUGAAUGGCAAGUCCUACCACGAAAUCCGGGGGCCUAUCACCUAGGUGGCAUGACUUGCGAGCCCUGCGUUGCGAGCUGUGCGUCAGAUUUAGUUCAAGCUGCUGUGCUUCAAUCAUUUAGUCUCCUGGAGAUCAUUAAGUCGACUGAUCUCCCCGCCUCACAUUGAUCGAUUUGAGGCCAUGAAAGCGAGAUGAACCGGUGGAUGAUGACCGGAACCGAAUACUGACGCGAGAUUCGUCGAGAUUGGAAAGAGAUGAAAGAUGACUGACUUGUUUCUCCACAAGAAGCCAGGUGCCUUUGUUUUGCAGUACAUUGCAUUUGCAUUGCAUGACAAGGCGGAUGUCGUCCUCCAACAGCGCAUCCGCUUGCCCACUCACAAAGCCAUCAGGACUUGACUCGGACCUUUGGUUCGUUCUGUGUGCUAAACUAUUCGGCGAAAGACGAACAAGUUGCGAAGGCACAGUCCUGACUGCAACAUGACUAUCCAAGCGUACAUAUCUCGGAAUACUACAAAUAGUACGUACUUAUCAUCUACACGCCUCCCCUGCCAUGAUACCCUCCAUCACGCAUGGACAACUCAGCGCCGUUGCGUGCGGUAAGGCGUGGCCCAGGCACACGGAGGGGAAGAUGCAACUUCGUGCAGGGGGGUUCGAUGAUGGGGCACCGUCUAAUAGGACGACAAGCUUAAAUAGAGAUGCAAAGUAGAUGGAUUUUUUUCUUUUCUGCGAAGAUGGUGUGAAUGGUAUGCGCUGGACUUGAGGCUUUGCCGACGGAACGAUUGAUAUCCAAUUAGCCAAUCUAUCUCGCAACUCCAGCCAUUUACACAUACCAAGCUAUUUACCCAAUGCAGAAGGAGUUCUCUCAGGAAAUAUCUCAGAAUAUCUCACUUUUGAUUUGCUAACA